GCCGGCGGGCGGGGGCCGGGGUCCUGGGAAUACACCAGAUGCAGACAUUCUGCUGGGGAACUAGGCCCAGUCCCCUUGCUCCAAAGAUGAAACUCUGAGGCCCAGUGAGGGCACGCACGUUUGUGCAGGAAAGGGGCUUGGCUCCUAGCUGGUAGGAUGAGCCAUUCCCUCCCACGCCAUGUGUGGGAAUAACACAGGAAAUGUGGGCUCUAGACAGCCAGCCAGGGUUUAAGUCCUGGCUCAGUCAUAUGCAACUUCCGGGACCUCGGGCCAGUGAGUCACCCCUCUUGGCUUCAGUUUCCUCAUCUGUCAACUGAGAACAGCACACCUCAUAGGACUGUUUUCAGAUUUAAGGACCUGACCACAGCAGAUGCCCAGCCAGGCGCAGGCUAAGUGCCAGGAUUGACGUGAACAGGCACAGAUGGUCCCAGCUGUCGUCCACUGGGGUUUGAGAAACCAUAGCACGUCAAGCCCCCAGUUGGGCUCAGCUCCACGGCAGACGUUUCUGUUUGGCCCGUGUCUCCUUGUGGGUUAACUGCUGGCCACGUUUGCUCUGCAGGACCGGGAGACCUCAAGACCAAACGGGCCUUCCAGGAAGCAAGGGCUCAAGGCUCGGCGCAUCAGGAACAUGCACCUAGGCAGACCUUCUCUGACCGCAAAGAUGCUGCCUGCAAAGGGGCUGCCUUGACAAAGGCCAGCCACUCCCAGGGUGGGGUGGACGUGGGGACCAGGGCUCAGAGCUGCUUAGGAGAAGCACACAGGGCCACGGAGAACAGCAACCCUGUUGGCAGCAUCCUUCAAAAACAUUUUUUUCUAAUUUUUGUAAAAAUUCCUCACAAUUUUUUAACUUGAAAAAUUUGAAACCUACAGAAAAUGAACAGCCAUGUGACCUUCACCUAGAUACACAAAUUUGCAAUAGUUAGCCAGGUCUAUACUCUCCCCCAAGACACUUAUGCUUUACCCUGAACCAUUUGAAAGUAAACUGUCUGAACCCUUUUGAGCCUAUCCCCCAAAGGCUCAAAGGCACUAGACAAGUUUUCAGUAUCAGGAAGGAUCACCAGAUACCCACCCCCACCUUUGCUCAGAAUCUACAUCCAUGCUGUGUGACCCCAUCCUCUCCUGUGCACAAGGGAGCGGCCUUCUUGUCUUAGACCCAAGAAGGCUCUGGGUGCAGAGCUACAUGGAACACCAUUGCAACAACUCCACGGACCAGCGCAUUCUGCUCAUGUUCCUGGACGUCUGCACGGAGCUGAGCAAGCUCUGCCAGCGCUUUGAAGCCCUGCACUCUGGCACCCCGGUCACCAACAACCUCCUCGAGAAAUGUAAAGCCCUUGUUAGCCAAAGCAACGACUUAAGUAGUCUUAGAGCGAAAUAUCCGCAUGACGUGGUCAACCACCUCAGCUGUGACGAAGCCAGGAACCACUACGGAGGCGUGGUCAGCCUCAUCCCCAUCGUCCUAGACUUCAUGAAAGAGUGGAUCGCCCAUUCGGAGAAGCUGUCCCACAAAGUGCUACAGCACGUGAGUGAGCCCCAGCUGGGCCAGGAGGCCACCGGGGCCACCUCUCAUCCUUCCCAGACCACAGGCACCCAGCUUUGCUUAAGAAAACACAAGUGUAGGCAACUUACAAAGGACAGCCUCAAACCUAGUGGGAAAGACAAAGGAUGUCCUAAGCCUCCCUGGAGACCAUCUGGUUGGAAACUCUAACUCAAAGCUGAGACCUGCUCAACUGCACAGGGCACUUUGUGACUAGGUUUCCACUGGUGAUCCAUUUUCACUGCCACCCACGGUCCCUGCCACUUAGUAACCCCAAAGGGAACUGCCUGAUAGAUCACGAGGCGCUCUCUCCCCCUCUCCCUCCCAUCGUCCCUCCCCUGAGGGUCAGGCCCUGUGCCCGGAAGGCUGGGGAGGAGUUAGGGCCCUGACCGCCCCACCCAGGCCUCCGGGCCUCCGAGCACUCCUACCCACCAGCCUAUGGGCAGCCCACACUGCAGGUCCGGCUCUCCUGGCCCAGCCAUCAAGCUGGAGGAGACCACACAGCUCCUUGCCCACUGUGGUGGCAACGGUAGGCAGGGCCACUCCCUCUGCCCGGGAUGCCUAGGGUUGGCACUGUGACCGGGUCUCUGGAGCAAAGCCCAAAGGGGGACAGACCCACCGUUGCUCUCCUUUACUUGGGCGAGGGAGGCUAGGGGAGAAGCUGGAAGGAUUCUGCUUCUGGGGCUCCUGUACAAGGACAGUUAGCUGGUGUUCACAGCGUAACGGAGACGCAGACUUCGUCAAAUGCCUUGCUGGCAUUUCAGCUUGCUGGAAGAACUGUCUGACUUUUGGUUUUUCCCUUCACAGGGGGCGACUUAGCUUCUGUAUUCUUGUUUCCUUGGGGGCGACUGUCAAGAAUAAAAAGUGUCCUACUACCUCUCUGCCUGGCUUG